CACACACACACACACACACACACAAACACACACACACACACACACACACACACACACACACACACACACACACACACACACACACACACACUUGGUCUUGAGUAGAAAUAAGUGUGAUGACAUAAAUCGAGGCUCCAAUAAAGACUCUUACUGUUUCUCUCUUACCUCCAGGUGAGGCGUUUCUGAUCAUAUAAUUAACUCAAAGAACAGAUUUACUGAGACAUGUCUUCUUUAGCUGUACUGAGGGUCGAUUAGUUUAAUCUCAUGUAUUGCACUGUAUUUAAAGGUCUAUUUUCACAGUUCUUCUUAUUAAAAGGAUAACUGAUUUGUAUUUGUGUUGCAGCAGACAUUCCUAGUAGACAGGAUGGAAAACAUCACCGUUCCUUUUUAUUUUAACCUCACCAUGUUUGUGAACAUCAGACACUAUCGCUUGGUGGCCUUUACGUUUUGUGUGCUGCUGUACAGCUUUAUCGUCUCUGCCAACCUGCUCCUGAUCCUGGUGAUAACACAGCACAGAGCGCUGCACCAGCCCAUGUACAUGUUCAUCGCUCUGCUGUCUCUCAACUCCCUGUAUGGCUCUACUGGUUUCUUCCCCAGAUUCCUCAUGGACCUGCUGGCUGAUGUUCAUUUGAUUUCAUAUCCUGCUUGUUUCACUCAGAUUUAUAUCAUUUACACGUAUGCUGUCAAUGAACUGACCAUACUCAGCGUCAUGGCUUAUGAUCGACACGUGGCUGUUUGCCAUCCUCUACACUAUUACAGAAAAAUCACUCCUAAAACGGUGGUGGUUUUGUCAACGCUGGCCUGGAUUUUUCCAGCUUUGGUCGUUUCUGCAGUCAUUUCCCUGUCUGCUCAGCUUCCUUUAUGUGGCAACGAGAUACAGAAAGUCUUCUGUGCCAACUGGAAUGUGGUUAAAUUAUCAUGCGUUAGCACUAAUGUUAAUAAUAUUUUAGGUAUGUUCAUAACCAUAACUACAGUUUUUCUUCCAUUUUCUUAUGUGUUAUAUACCUACUUACGAAUUUUUGUUAUUUGCUGGAAACGAUCAGCCGAGUUCAAAGGUAAAGUGCUGCAGAGCUGCCUUCCACACCUCGUUUCCUUUCUCGUUUAUUCCAUCACUGGCUUUUGUGACAUUGCGUUGAGUCGUUCCAGGCUGGAAGACCUAAAUCUCUUUGCUGCUGUGAUUUUAUCCCUGGAGUUUGUUGUAAUUCCUCCUGUUUUAAAUCCUCUCGUUUAUGGACUUAAACUGCCUGAUAUCAGAAGGCACAUUUUUGAGUUGCUACAGGGGAACAAAAGAUGA